AUGGCUCAAGAAGAAUCGAAAUCGAUUGAUCUUGAAGAUACAUUUUUUCAUUAUCGUCAAACAUCUAAACAAUAUGUUCUUAAACUUUCAUCAGCUAGUCUUUCCAUUAUUCAAAAAUACGAUGAUAAUCAAGAUAGAGUAUCAUCAAUGAAUAAUACACGAGUCAUACCAAUUGAUGAUAUUUAUGGUUGCUUGUGUAUGAAAUCAUCGAAAACUUCCAAUGAAUGUUAUUUAACACUUUAUUUGUAUAUUUUUAAACGAUCAAAUAUAAUAAGUGGAAUCUUUUCAAAAACGCCCGAGUUAAAUCGAACACCGCUUACAUAUGGCUAUGGAAAAUAUAGCGAUUAUGAAAGAAAUUUCGCUGAAAUAAUACGAUGGCACCGUAGUGUAUCGCAAGCAAUUUAUCUACGACGAAAUCUUCCUCUUGAUAUUAUGAUAAAAAACCGUGAUAAACGUGCACUUAUUCUUGUUAAUCCAGCCGGUGGUGCAGGUAAAGCUUAUCGUCUUGUUAUGGAAUAUGUAGUUGGCGUAUGGAGCGAAGCAGAAUUUAAGUAUCAUAUAGUUUUGACAGAAUAUGCUGGCCAUGCUCGUGAUUUUGUGAGAUCGUUAGAAUUAAGCGAAUGGAAUGCAAUUGUUGUUGCUUCGGGUGAUGGACUUGUUUAUGAAGUCAUCAAUGGGCUUAUGAGUAGAGACGAUUGGCAGGACGCUUUGAAGUUACCUAUUGGACAUCUACCGUGUGGUUCAGGUAAUGCAUUUAUUACUAGUAUUAUUCGGCAUAGCGAACGACCCAUUGCGGCAUCAGCAGAACAAUUUGUAGUUCAAUCUGCUAUACUUAUUGCUACACAUCAAGUGAUUCCUUUUGAUAUGGCUGUGAUUGAUAUGUGUGAUGGACAACGAGUUUUUUCGUUUCUAAGUAUUUCAUGGGGUGUUGUUGCGGAUGUUGAUUACGAAAGUGAAAAGUAUCGUUUUCUUGGUGAAACUCGAUUUACAAUUGAAGCUGUUAAAAACAUUAUUCGUCCUCGUAUCUAUGAUGGUUAUAUCGACUAUCUUCCCUAUGAUACAACAGACGGAACCAUUCAAAUGAAUUAUACUACAUCAAAUUUAGCAAUUACAAAAAUUCAUCAACAUCUUCUACCGAUCAAUGAGCCGAUACCAAUUGAUCCAACGACAAGUAAAUGGCGUCGUAUUGAAGGUCCAUUUGCCAGUGUACUUAUUACAUCUAAAUCUGCCAUAUCAAAAGAUGCUAUUUCGACUCCACAAUCAACUUUAACCGAUGGUUAUUUAACAUUACAAUUGAUACGUUUUGACAGUUCAAUACGCAUGAAUUUAAUUAAGGCAUUUACAAAGUUGCCCGAUGGAAAACAUUUCGAUUGUGAUUUUGUUGAAUCGAUGCGUAUUCGUGCAUUUCGAAUCGUGCCAUCGGGAACAACCGGAAAUCUAAUGAUUGAUGGUGAAAGAGUUCCUUACGGUUCUAUUCAAGGUGAAAUUUUACCAAGCAUUGGCCUAUGCAUGGGUAAACAACGAAGGGCUAAUAUAAAUUGA